UCAUUAAACCCUGGUUAAAUUUCAUCCUUUAUAUACCCCCACAUUAUCACCAACUUCUUCACUCUCUCUAAAACACACACUUGACGGUGAAAGAGAGUGGUUUGGUUUGCGCGGGAGACUCUUCGGUAUUUCUUCAUCUUCAUAGCAACAGAUUUGAAUCAAGAUUGUGUUCAUCUUGAACAUAAGCUCAAAUGUGUCCUCCUUCAUCAUGCAUUCCACUUCCAGCUGAAAACGAAAACUGGACCAAUGAGGCGAUAUUUACGUCAUUGUUUAGCUUCAAGAGGGGAAAACCUUUGCCCGAAAACGUAACUUCAGAUGUAAAUCCUUAUCAACAUAGGCCCUCAAAUCUACCUGCUGGUUUGUGGUACUUGUGGGCCGGGGUAAAAACGGAUGCUGAGUGUGGAUUCUGGCAGGAAACCGAGGAGCCUCGUGAGAUAUUUUCCAACUCAGCUAUCACUGGUUCAAGAACGACCCUUCGGUUUUAUGAGGGUCGGGCCUCGCAUAGCCGAAAGACGGAUUGGAUGAUGCAAGAAUAUACAAUAACCGAGAAAUGUGACAACAAUACAAAGGAUCUUAGAGCAUUAUGUAGAGUAUAUUUGGCUAAUACUGAUGUCAAAAUGUCCAUAAAUUUAGCGCCAAAAACGGUUGCAAUGAGUGAACUUGUGGGAAUGACUCCAGAUUUUGUUCUUAAACAGUCAUCUGAAAUGGAUUGUAUUUUGAGGGGAGACUAUAUUGAGUUAAACGAUCUUAUCGAUCCAGGAUCACGCUCUUCCAGUUCCGCCAACUCAAGCUGUUUGACCAUGACUUCAGAUGAAUACUUUGACUCAGUGGCCCUUUUACAAGAAAUAGAGAAUGACAUUAAAGAUUCGAGUGUCAAGUUUAACCUUUCCGCACCUUUAAAGUCAACAGAAGUGUUCAUACGCCCUGCCACUUCAGUCUCUCUUAUAACCGAUCAAGACUCCAAACGUUCAGGUCAAGAGACCUCCAAAGACUGCGAUAUUUCCAAAAGUGCAUCCAAAGGGGGACAGAUGGAGCAUGUUAGUAGGGCGAAACGGCGUAAAAUGAUGAAGUAUUUAUGUUUCUUUGCAUUUUGAAAGUUGUUUUUUUUUAAGAAAGAAGAUGCAAUGAAAGGAUGAAGAAUGAAUCUAGUGGCUUAAAUUAGGUGGGAGUUUUGAAUUUUGAUAUUGAUGGGGUAGCAAGAUUAAUAUAUAUGGUCUAAGAUAACUUGUAGAUAGAUAGGGUCAAUUAUGUGUGUAAACUGUAAAGUGGUCAACAUGUUUUGUUUGAAUCUGAUAAGUUCUAAAUAACAGAUAUUUUCAACUG